AGAGCUGGACCACUGAGCAAUGGAAGAAGGUGCUCUGGACUGACAAAGAUGACUCAAUCAGUUACUAUGACAACAAUGAGUAGUGUGGAGUCCACAACCAUUAAUUCCACUGAGAGUCUGUUCCUGGACUCCCCGUUUCGUUAUGUGCUCAUCCCGGUUUUCUACAUUAUCUUCUUCAUCCUGGGCUUCAUCUCUAACCUCUACGUGCUGUUUGUCCUGCGCUGCCUUCGUCAAGCCAAGGCCAUUAAAGAAAUCCACAUCUACAUGACCAACUUGACCAUGGCUGAUCUUCUGUUUGUGUGUGCUCUUCCCUUUUGGAUUGACUAUUAUAUCCGUGAGGGAGACUGGGUUUAUGGAGACGUCAUGUGCCGGGUGACAGGCACCUUCUUUUUCAUCAACACCUACGGCACCAUCCUGUUCCUUGCAGCCAUCAGCAUCAACAGAUGCUGGGCAUUGACUCGGCCUCUGGACGCAGCCUCGUCAGAUUGCAGACUUCGUGGCGUCAUAGUUUGUAUUUGUAUCUGGGUGUUUGUUGUGGCGAUGUCUGUUCCUUUUCUGGUGAGUCCAGGGAUCAACGUGCACCGUAAAAACAACACUGACAUACGUCGCUGUUUUGAGGGAUACCAGGGUGGAACUAAUGACAAGAAGAAAAAAGUGGCUGUCACUCAUUUUUUAAUAAUUGGAUUGUUUUUUGUUGUCUUUUUUCUUAUUGUGAUGUGCAAUUUCCUUAUUGCUCGAAUUUUAGUUUGUAAAAACUCUCCUCAGUCGGAAAUUCAGUCUUCAAGAACACAGUCUAAAAAGCCCACUGUGACGUCCAUAUUUAAACAGCUCGCAGGGGUGAAACGGAGGGCUCUCCAGAUGUUGCUGGCAGUGGUGGGAGUGUUUGUUCUGUGUUUCCUGCCACACCACAUAGUUCAAGGCCCCUGGGCUCUGGCAGUGCUGGAGAUCGAAGACGGCUUUGGCCACGUGAAGUACAGCGAGACCACUCGUCAGUUGCUGAGCGAUGCUCAUCAGAUCACCCUGGUUCUUAUGGGCCUCAACUGCAUUUUGGAUCCUGUAGUUUAUUAUUUUGCCACAGGGAAGUUUAGAGAACUCAUCAAGGCCCACAUUAAAAAAUUAAUCACAUUCACCCAACCUCAGAGCUACCACUUAAACCAGCCUGCAUCACCUGUUUGGACUCUGGUAGCAAAUCAGAAUCCUCCUAGGAAACCCACAAAGGCCGGGGUGGAGGACCAAAGUCAACAUGGUGGGAGGAGCUCAGUGGUCAUUGCAUAAAGUAUUUCUCAGAUAAGAUUCUCUCCAUUUCAUGACAGAGAUGAAAUGGAGAGCAUGUCCACAUUAAAGGUUGGAGAGGCUUGUUAGCCUUAUUCUAGGAAUUAUACUCUGGAAUCAGGGAGAGGAGGAUUUUUUGUGUUGUGUGCUUGUACAUGUGGAAUUAACCAUUUACCACAGAGGGGGGCUGGUGCUGCUUAAAUCUACAGGGAGUGAGAGCGGUGGUUCACACAGUUCACAAUCCACUGUAUAAAGCCUUCUUGAAAGUCUCCCCCACUGUGCUUUUAUUAGUCUCUACCUCCGUCAUGUGGUUUAAAUGCAGUAUUGCUCACUUAUCUCAGUGGCUGUAAAGAAAGCAGUGUGAUCUCCAGACUGCACUAACGUCCCGUAAAGAUGUGGGAUCAUUCUGAGAGUCAACAUCCAAAGAAGUUUUGAAGAAACCUGGAAAACUAUUCCUGAAGAUUACUUAAAGAGUAUUCAAGGUGUAUUAAAGAAUAAAUGUGGUAUUGUAAAAUAUUAACUUUUGCUGUUGUUAGAAUUAUGGACACUCGGGUUUUUCCUUUUAUGCUAUAUUUUCAUGCAUAUUUGCACAACUUCAAUUAAUCUCUUUUUCAAAAUAUAAGGAAACAAGGGGUGGCUCAAGACUUUUCCACAGGGUUGUACCUAUUGACCUAUACCUCUAACUGACCUGUACCAAUAACUGGUUUUAAUAUAAAUACAAGAAAUUUGUCAUUUAUGACACAUCAUCU